CGCAAGUGUGUGGGGCUUCAUACGAUCUACGGACGGCGGGAUCUAUCGAUUCACGAUCCAUGCGAUCCACAGCGGACUUUCCUGAUCGACAUCAUCGUGCGACGUAGCCAAUGGCGGUAUUUCGCUGGUAAAAGUGAAUUUUUCUAUAGCUUUUGAGCAACGGGUAUAAAUAUAAAUGUUGAUCUCAGAGCUGCGCGGAGACGCGCCGGAGUGCCCGGAGUAACGGCACGUCGUCGUCAUCAUCAUCGUCGUUCGUCGUUAUCGUCGCUGGCGGUACUGGUCAUGUAACGAUCCCCUCCGGGACACGUCGCCGUCGAGCCUACUCGAAUUAAUUUUAGGAUAUCCGCCGAUGUCCACGUCCAAAGUAUCUUGCCGCAACGAGGCCGAAGGUAUGAGCCACCGUUGAGCACCACGUUACCAUCGAUAGUCCGCUCGCGAUUCGCUACCGAAGGGAUGGGCUUUUCCACGAGCCUGCAGGGUCAGGCGUCGCACGAGGCGCUGCUGGCCCGCCAGGAUGCCGAGAUCAAGCUGCUGGAGACGAUGCGCAGGUGCCUUACGACAAAGGUCAAGUCCGAUCGGGAGUAUGCCUCCACUAUCUCCUCGUUUACCACCCAGGGAAAGAAGAUUGAGCGCAGCGAGGAUCUCGUUGGCAGCCUCAUAGUGCAGAGUUGGAAAGACAUAAUGGACUCUAUUGAUCAAACGGCAAAAUUGAUUAAGCAGCAGGCAGAUUCUAUUGAAAAUAUUGUUGUAGAUCAUUUGAGUACAUUGUAUUCAGAAAGGAGGAGAGCUAGAAAACUAUAUCAGGAGGAACAAAAUUGGCUGAAUAAUCAAUUUCAGCAAUUGACAGAUGAUGUAACUAGGAAAAAGAUGGAGUAUCAAAAGAAUUUAGAGGUGUACAAACUAAUGAGGUCGCGAUUUGAAGAGUAUUAUGUUAAGUCUGGUAGAGGAGGUCGCAAGUUGGAUGAAGUAAGAGAAAAGUAUCAAAAGGCAUGCAGAAAACUUCAUCUAACACACAAUGAAUAUGUACUACUAUUAGGCGCUGUGACAGAAUGUGAACACGAUUUAAGAGCCUGUUAUCUACCGAGCUUGCUUCAUCGGCAGCAGGCUAUUCACCAAGAAUUUAUAACUUCAUGGAAAGGAAUACUUCAGGACAUUGUAAAAUAUACAGAUUUUACGACAGAAAAAUUUCUGGAGAUCCAUGUAAAAGUGUUAAAGACAGUCGAUGGUAUUAAACCAAUUGAAGAGUACAGAGAUUUUAUUGGAAAGCACAAAACUAGGCCAGCAUCACCAAUCAGAUUUACAUUUGAUGAGAACCUGGUGGAUGACACUUCAGGAAAAUUAUUGCCCAAUAAACUGACUGUCGAUAAUUUGACGAUAGAUUGGUUGAGAAGUCGCCUCUCAGAACUUGAAACUUCUCUCAAGACCACACAACAAAAUCGACAGAGUCCUCAAUUUCCGCAAGAAAAUAAUAGCGAUUCUAGAAUCUCAGUCUUGGACUAUUCUCAUGAAAGAGAAGAGCUGAGAUUACGUUGUCAGGAGAAAAAAUUACAAAGACAAGUGGAUGUUAUUAGAGGCGCUCUCAAUGAAUUGGGCUGUGAAGAGUUACCUUCGGGAUGCGAUCUUUCCAUGGAAGGUUCUUUCACUGAUUCACCUGCAAUUAGUAAAAGAAAUAAAGUCGCAGACAACGGUCUGUUCACACUAAGAAGAAAUCAGCGAUUCAUGACAAUAUUAAAAUCACCUUUUAAAUCCUUGCCGGCAAUUCACGACUCGAAAAACGGAAUGAUUAGGGCAAAUAGCGAAGGGCCUACCGCUAAAGCAGACAAAAAUAUCCCCCCUGUUGUGCCACUGCGUGGAAUCUCGCAUUUAACUAACAAUCAAAAAAGUAACGGAAAUGGCGGUCCUCUUAUGGAUGAGGAAUGGUUUCAUGGAGUACUACCAAGAGAAGAAGUCGUGAGAUUACUCGUCAACGAAGGGGACUUUUUAGUGCGCGAAACAAUGAGAAACGAUGAAUGUCAGAUAGUUUUAUCUGUUUGCUGGGACGGGCACAAGCAUUUUAUUGUACAAACUACACAAGAAGGACACUAUAGAUUCGAAGGACCGACAUUUCCAUCCAUUCAAGAAUUGAUCAGGCAUCAGUGGCUAUCUGGUUUGCCGGUGACCAGUCGGUCAGGUGCUAUUCUUAAGACGCCAAUUUUGCGCGAGCGGUGGGAACUUAAUAACGAUGAUGUCAUCCUUUUGGAGAAAAUAGGUCGAGGAAAUUUCGGAGACGUUUACAAGGCGCAAUUGAAGACUUGCAAGACUGAAGUGGCCGUGAAAACGUGCAAGGUAACGUUGCCGGACGAGCAAAAACGCAAGUUUCUGCAAGAAGGAAGGAUACUGAAGCAGUACGAUCACCCAAAUAUAGUCAAACUUAUCGGCAUCUGCGUUCAAAAGCAGCCAAUUAUGAUCGUGAUGGAAUUGGUACCCGGUGGUUCAUUACUUACGUAUUUGCGGAAGAAUACUAGUACAAUAACACAACGGGAACAGUUGCGUAUGUGCAAGGAUGCUGCGGCUGGUAUGAGUUACUUGGAAUCUAAGUAUUGUAUCCAUAGAGAUUUAGCCGCUCGCAACUGCCUCGUAGGAUACGAGUGCAUAGUCAAAAUUUCCGACUUUGGAAUGUCGAGAGAAGAGGAAGAAUACAUAGUUUCUGACGGUAUGAAACAAAUUCCCAUUAAGUGGACCGCACCAGAAGCUCUAAAUUUCGGUAAAUAUACAUCGCUCUGUGAUGUCUGGAGUUAUGGAAUUCUGAUAUGGGAAAUAUUUUCUAAAGGCGGCAAUCCUUACAGUGGUAUGUCCAACUCACAGGCACGUGAGAAGAUCGAUGCAGGAUAUCGAAUGCCAGCUCCGGAUGGUACGCCUGAAGAGAUCUAUCGAUUAAUGUUGCGAUGCUGGGACUAUGACCCAGAGAAACGGCCACAUUUUGAUCAAAUAUAUACCGUGGUCGAGACACUAUCGCAAGCGUAUUGAUCUACAAGUAUUAUGUUGAGAGUAUUGGCCACUAAGAAGUAUGAAUUGGUGCUAUUGCUGACACUUAUUUUGUAUAUUUACAAGUCAUAAAACCCCAUAAUUUAUAUAUAUAGAGAGAGAGAGAGAGAGAGUUUUAAAGAUUUGAAAUGCUCACCACCAAACCGUAUUUUGUUAUAAAAUUCUAUACCAUAAUACAUCGAGGAAGGAUAUGACUAAAACAAGUACAUCUCUUUUUGUUAGUGAGGUACUUCAGGUAAAGGAAAUUUUAAUUUAUGAUGCAUUUUAGAACAAAUUUCAGUUAUAUCUUCUCGAAAAAAAAACAUUUUCAAGAAUGAAUGUCGCAUACGUAAAAUAUUUUAGAGCUAUUUGGACUGUUUUAGGGUUUGCUACUCGAUACACAAAAAAAUUGAAAGCAUUUUUUAAAGUAAGAUGGAAUGAUAUAUAAGAAGACAAAUAGGUCGAAUUUGCCAAAAUAUAGUACACAAAAAACGAUAAAAAGAAAAACUAUUAUUCUGGACUAUUUUAUCAUGCUUGUUAUGUUGUGUAUAUACAUAUGUAUAUAUUUAUUAGUAUAAAACGUACUAUUAAUUGCCAUUAUAUACGUCAUUGUGAGAUCGCGUCAAUGUGAAUGCCAUUAUGUUUUUUAUUUGUGAUGUUUAAUUAUUGCGUUUUAUUAAUUAUUAUAUUUCUCCGUCCGUACAGAGUAAUUCAAUUUAUAACACGUAAUAUUAUUACUCAUAUAUAUAACUUGAAUAUAUAUAUAUAUAUACAUAUAUGUUUCGUUUUAGUCACAUUUAUAACACAGUAUGUGAGCUUUAUUUAUUCAGUUCUAUUGUCAUCUGUGUAUUUUCUUUAAUAUUUCACAAUGUUUCUUGUAUGUACAUAUAAUGAGCAUAUGUACAUUAAAUUUUUGAGGCAGGUUGUAUUCAGAUAUAUAUUAUAUUUGUGUAUUCAUUGUAAAUUUUCAUCAUUUUUCAUGAAAAUCAAAAGCACAAUGAAUAUAUCGGAGAUUUGUACAUAAAGUAUAUGAUCACAAUUCUGUACUCAUAAUUUCCAAUAUGAAGGUUUUCAAUAUGUUAAAAAUAUAUGUAAAAAAAAUGUAGAUGGUAUUUAAGCAAUAUGUUGUCCACGUUAUCAUAUCCAUUCAAUCAAUGAUUUAGAGAUUUCAUAGCCUGGAAUCUCAUUGAAAAAAAACAUGCAAAAUCAUGAAAAGACUAAUAUUGCUUUAAGUCUUCAAAGAAUAUUUUAAUCUUAUAAGCCAAUAAAGAGGGAAAAAAGUAGAAUUAAGAAUUAUGCAGUAUAAUAUCCUAAUUAUAAGAACUUUUUUGUUUCCCUGAUAAUAAUUUUAUAUUCAUAAAUUUACUAUGUAAUAUAUAAUCAUUAUGGAAAAAAAUGAUAUGUAAAUGUAUGUAUCCAUUUUUAGUUUAUAAGUGUAUAAAACGACUAUAACGUUUAACGCUCUUCCAAAGUUGAUAAUUGAAGAUUCUUGUAAUUUAAAUAUUCUGUUUCUUGCGAUUUUGUUUGGCAUCAAUGUUACACAUUGCACGCAAUUACAAGCUUUAUGUGUGUAGAUUACACAAGAUUUCAUUAUGAAGAAGUCCGUUUUAACGUGUUGUUUUAACAUAGGUUACGGUCCACUUGACGUUAGAAAAGCUUCAAAACAUACAAUGAUUAGCUUUGUUCCGAUUAAUCAAUCAAACGCUUCCAAGUAUUUGUAGCGUCAAGUAGAUUGUAACCCUAAUGUAAUCCUCAUAUAGACAGUUUAUUACUUGUUAUCUUUCACGUGCAAUUAUAUGAAAGACAUUUAUCUUGUUUCCAUAUAUAAAUACUCAAUAUCACUGUAUAAUAAAUUAAUAAAGAUUAUAUAUUAAUCUUUUACAAAA